AUGAACAGCAUCACCAACAAAUCUCUUCUCCUUAUCCUCAUCAUCGCCGCCGCUGCGACGACGGCGGCGGAAGCGAGGCUUCGAUCGUGCAAGCCGAGCGGGAAAAUAAAGGGCACGACGCCGCCGCCGGGACAAUGCAAUCAAGAAAACGAUUCUGAUUGUUGUAAGGAUGGGAAAUUCUACACGACGUACAAGUGCUCACCGCCGGUGUCGGGAAGCACCGGAGCGACUCUUACGCUGAAUAGUUUCGAGAAAAAUGGUGACGGAGGGGGGCCAUCGGAAUGCGACAAUAAGUACCACUCGGAUAAUAUUCCGGUGGUGGCCCUGUCGACCGGAUGGUAUAGUGGGGGGCGGCGGUGCCAUAAUAAUAUUACUAUAAGUGGUAAUGGGCGGAGCGUGGCGGCGAUGGUGGUGGACGAGUGCGAUUCCACGAUGGGGUGCGACGACGAUCACGAUUAUCAGCCGCCAUGUCGUAAUAAUAUCGUGGAUGCGUCGAAGGCCGUGUGGAAAGCUUUAGGGGUUCCGGAGGAUAACUGGGGGGAGAUGGAUAUUACUUGGUCGGAAGAUUAGUAUACGUUUUUUCGAUCGUUUUGGUAAGUUCUUAUUUAUUUGAUUAUGUGUUGUAAGUAUGUUUGGAUGAUCGAUGUUGUCAACGUUUAUGUAUUGGUAUAUUGACGAUGAUUGUGUACUGAAACUAUUGUCUCUUUGGAAUUCCGUCUUUUUUAUUAAGGACUAUGCAUUAUAAUUAUUUACAAAAAUACA